UUUAUAAAGAUGGCCAAAUUCAUAGCUUUUAAUUCCUUGGUUUUGAUCAUUGCAACAUUUGCAUUUCAUUGUGCUAUAGUCAAUGCAAAGAUCUCAAGUAGCAUGUAUAUCAAUUGGGGUGCUCAUCAUUGUCAAAUGCUUGGGGAUGAUCUUCAACUUGUCCUUGAUAAAUCUGCAGGUUCUGGUGCGCAAUCAAAGAGAACAUUUCUCUUUGGUAGCUUUGAAAUGCUUAUCAAGUUGGUACCUAACAACUCCGCUGGAACUGUUACAACAUACUAUCUAUCUUCUACUGGCACCAAACAUGAUGAGAUUGAUUUCGAGUUUUUAGGAAAUGUAUCAGGACAACCUUACAUUAUCCACACAAACAUUUACACCCAAGGUGUUGGAAACAAGGAGCAGCAAUUCUAUCCUUGGUUUGAUCCAACUGCAGAUUUUCACAACUACACCAUUCAUUGGAAUCCUAAUGCAGUCGUGUAAG